CUCCUCCUCAGCGUCCUCCGUUCCACGCAAAAGCACAGCAGCAAUAAUUAUUUUAACUUACACAUUUAUAUGAUAUAUCUGUACAUCUCUUCAUUGUGACUCUUCAUUUUCCACUAUCUUCCAUCUUGAACUAGAGUGCAGGUUGAUUAAAGGGCUAAAUAAUCUUGAACACUUGCAUAUUUUCCAAGAAAAUUUUCCUCUUAUUUCUUAAGUCUAAUCCUUUAAAACAAAUAAAAUGAAAAUUUAUGAGGUUCUGUAGGUUAGCAGAAGUACAUAUAUUUUGAAGGGUGGUGGUGGUUUAGGCAUUCUUGCAUAGUGGUUUUUUCAGGGAAUAGUUUACAUUUUUUCCCCUUAUUCUUGGCCCUUUUGGUUUUCUGGUGAAGGGCCAUCUCUGCUUUGUUUAAUUAAUGCUGUUGUGUUGCUCUCUACAGUUCUCUUAAAUAAAUAAGAGGGCUGUACAGCACUCUAAUCAUUAGAACUCCUCCUCUUUACCUAUAUAUUAUAUGGUUCUGGCUUAUCAUUUUUGACAAAUGACAACCCCUUCUUAGUUCAUGUUGAGAUCUUUCUUUCACAUACCAUCUUUUCAGGUGGAGAAAGGACCCAAAAAUCUAGUCUUUUUUGAUAAAUGAUCAUUUUUCAAAGCCGCGUUCUGUUGUGUGAUUCUGGUGGGUGGUUGUUUUGGUUCUGGUCAAAAUUUGGCUUCGGGGUUUUAAACCACUAUAUUUCUGCUUAACGUGCAUUUAGACCAAGAAUUUGGUCUUCCUCCAAUCAGCACUCAUGUGGGCUGGUUUUAGUUUCACUUUGCUGUAAAUUUUUACCUCUGAAACAGAUAUAACUGAUGAUUCAUCGCCUCUGGGUCUGUAUUGAUUCUUAAUGCUAUGGUUCUUCACUUCUGUUCUAUGGACCGUGUAAGAAUAAAUGUAAACUUUCUUAGGUAACUUUUUGAGGUUUAAAGAUUGAUUCACUCAGUAAAAGAGAGAUAUUAGCACCAAGCUAUUUGAGCAUCUUGUCACCAUUUAAUGGCGGACAAAGCAUGAACUCUGAUUGUGAGUUGAUAUCUCGGGCGCAUUUGCUCAUGGUGCUGGCUGGAAUUCCUUGGUUUUCUUGAGAAGUCUUCAAUCUAGUGGUGCUGAAUUCAGUUGUUAAAGUUGACGCCUGAUAUGAAGAAGUGCCUUGCUUGAUUUCAUGAAAUUUAGUCAUUCUCAUGGGUGGCUGUGUCUCCAAGCCCAGAAGUAAGUUAAAGUCGAAGGUGAAAUACUUCUAUAAAUCAUGCAAGUUUAACAGAAAGAUAGCUCCCUCGAUCCUGGUUGCACCUAUAGACCAGAAUACUGAUGGUGAUAUUUAUGCCAACGACUUCCCCAUCCAAGAUUUUGAUUUUGUGGGUGUUCAAAAUGGCGAGUCAAUAAUCUGCAGGAGGGCUGAGGUCCAGAAUCUCUCUGUCCAUCGUGCCCAGUUGCAAUUGAUCAAAACUGAAGUUGGUCCAAACAAAAAGUGUUCGGAUGAAGAAUGGUUCGACUCUCUAAGUAUUCUUGAUUCUGAUACUGAUGAAGACUUCAUCAGCAUCGCCGGAGACGGUUUUGGAUCACUGAGCAGUCCAACUCGAAGCACAUCAAAUAUUCAAAUGGCUCAGCACGAGGAACUUAAGGAAGAUAACUUCACACAUUCAUCAACAGACACACAAGAUAUUGAUCUUUCUUUGACAAAAGCUGAUGAAAUAUGUUCUAAGAGUAGGAAAGCCAAUUUACAGAACUCUGCAGAUAAAACUGAAGGGAAAAAGUUGAAGUCUUGUUUAGCUCAAUGCUCCUGGUGCCCGGUUGCACCUUCUGCAUUUAAACUUCGUGGAGAGAAUUAUUUCAGAGAUAAAAAGAAACACCCUGCUCCAGAUUACAGCCCGUAUGUUCCAGUUGGAGUUGAUUUAUUUGCCUGCCCUCGGAAGAUACAUCACAUUGCAGAGCACAUUGAACUUCCCUUUGCAAAAUCAUACCAUGAAUUGCCUUCCCUGCUGAUUGUCAAUAUACAGCUUCCUGCUUAUCCUCCUUCUGUGUUUCUUGGAGAUAGUGAUGGGGAAGGAAUGAGCCUUGUACUAUACUUCAAAGUGUCUGAGAAUUCCGACAGAGAUAUUUCUCCAAAGUUCUUGGAAACUUUAAAGAGGUUUCUCGAAAAUCAGAUGGAAACCAUGAAAGGUUUUGCAAAGGAAUCUGUGGUACCUUUCAGAGAAAGACUAAAAAUCAUGGUCAAUCCUGUGAAUCCUGAAGACCUCGGUUUGAGUUCAGCAGAAAGAAAGCUUCUACAGGCAUAUAAAGAUAAACCGGUGCUUUCUCGUCCUCAACAUACUUUCUACAAGGGCACUAACUACUUUGAAAUAGACCUCGACGUACAUCGUUUCAGCUAUAUAUCUAGGAAAGGAUUUCAAGCAUUUCGAGAACGUCUGAAACACGGCAUACUUGAUCUCGGAUUGACAAUUCAGGCACAAACCCCUGAGGAACUGCCUGAGAAAGUGUUGUGUUGCAUCCGACUCAACAAAGUAGAUCUUGUAAAUUGUGGCCAGAUGCGAACACUAGUAACUCCGACUGAUGAAUAAGAUGGGGUAAAAAUGGAGAUCAAUACAUUCGAGAGAGAACAUUUGACCCACAAGAAGGCAGUCGAACACAUGUCUUCUACCCCAACCCCCACCUAGGCAUAGGUGGUGUUUGCAAAGGAGAAGGUAAAUAUUGAAAACAGAUGUUUCCAGAUGGGGAGGAGGAGAGAGCACAAGCAGAAGCUCAUUAAGCUUGCAAAUAUUCUUUUGCUGGUGUUUAAGAAGCUAGUUCUUCUAUCAUAGGCUGAUCUUUAGAACAUUGAGGUCGAAAAAAUUCUUCAAUUUUUGGUUCUUUGCAUUUAUUUCUCAAAAGAGAGUUGAUUUAGACCAAUGUGUAACAGAAUUCAUGUCAAUGUAAAUAAAUAGGGGAGGAAGAUAGCAAGACGCUUACCUCUCAUCAAUGGCUGAUUAGCUGAACAAUAUGGGAAAAUGCUCAGUAUAUGUACAAGUCCGUGUGUCUGGAUAAGUGCAUGGAGAGUAUCCAAUCAUCCCAUGUACAGUUGAAUGAAAUUCACAUUCAUGCACAAAAGACAUUGAUUACACAUUUUUCUCCACUGUCAACACCCAAACAGAAGUAUUUAGAAGU